UGUUCUUGCGGCCCCUUCGCCUUAAUAAAUUCCUCACGAUCGGCAAACUCAAAUGCUAUUUAAAUAAAGUCACAGUCCGAGCGAUUCAGUCAAGUAUACACCAUCGUGGAGUAAACAAGUGCUUUAUUGCGAUAAAGAAAAUUUUACGGUUCUCAGUUCUCACUGGUGAAGAAAAUUCUCUCAGCAUCGAGACAAGUGUCUUUAGAAGUGUGAUUAGGCAGAGAGAAAGAGUACAAAGAGUUUUGAUCAAAUUUCUGUUCAGUGCACAAGAAAUUGAAAGCAGAAGAAGAAAUGGCCGAGAGCAACAAAGUCAACAUCCCAAUCAAAUUGGGCGAUUUUAGUGUCAUCGAUACCGAAUUUGCCUCCAUUCGUGAGCGUUUCGAUGCCGAAAUGCGCAAAAUGGAAGAUGAAAUGGCCAAAUUCAGAUCCGAAUUAAUGAACCGCGAAGCCAAUUUCUUCGAGACCACAUCAAGCUCGACUACGAAAAAGACCACAACCACCAGUUCCACAACCACUCAGAGCAACGCAGGAAACACUGCUCUCUCUCAGAGGCCGAAGCAGAAUUACGUGAGCGACAUAAAUUCACCACUAAUUCAGGAGGAUGGCGAUAACAAGGUGCUUAAGCUGCGAUUCGAUGUGAGUCAGUACACACCUGAGGAGAUUGUCGUGAAGACGAUUGACAACAAAUUGCUGGUGCACGCGAAGCACGAGGAGAAGUCCGACACAAAGAGCGUCUAUCGUGAGUACAACCGCGAGUUCCUGCUGCCCAAGGGCGUCGCGCCGGAGUCCAUCAGGUCGUCCCUCAGCAAAGACGGCGUCCUCACCGUGGACGCGCCGCUGCCGCCGUCCCUGACCGCCGCCGAGACCCUCAUCCCCAUCGCACACCACUAAGCCCAGCCCCGCUGCCGCUGAAGAUACUCAUGACCGCUCUCCCACUCCCCGGAGCCUAUUUAAUUAAUGAACAGAACCAUCAAUUUACUCCUCAUGUCGAGUCUCUAAAUUCUAUUAAUGUGUAAUCUUGUAUGAUGAUAAAGAAGAGAAUAUUUUUUAAAUUAGCUUCACAAACA